AAGCCACGCUGCUUGUGAAUUGACGACAUUCAGGCGAGUGGCGGAUCCACUAGCCUUGAAGAAGUCCGGAUUCCAGUCGAAUUUUUGAGUUUUUUUGUCGUAAUUUGGUCCGAGCUUCUGCCGUUUCUCGAAUAGAUUAGGGUUCUGGCCGGUUCCCGAAUGGUCUCAGUCUGAGGAGGUUUUUGAUCGGAGGAGCCGGUCUGGCGGCUGAUAUCAGUUGCGAAAGCCGUGAUUUCUUUUGGUAAAUUCUGUGCCUUUCUUUACUCAAAUUAGGGGUUUGGGAACAAUCUAGGAUUUUGAUUCGAGUUCAAAGAAAAAUUUCCACCCUUCCCUCCAAGAAUAAGAGGUUUUAGCGGGACUGCGAGCUGAUAGAUUUGAGAUUCUUGCUGGAGUUUUGGCUAUUGAUCUCCUUCCCUUCUGAAGGGGAGGGGUAUACCACUGGGGCCAAGAAGUAUGCAGCCCAGGCAUCGAAACCCGGGUGAUGGAGUUGGACCAGCUCCAGUGGGGCUCGGCUUGGCCCCCGGCCGGAACCGCGGCCGCGGCGGCUUGAGCCAUAGCAACUCGAAGCCCUACAACCCUCCUGGCAAGUUUGACAUCCUCAUGGAGGCCGGGCGGCUUGCGGCCGAGUACUUGGUCUCCAAGGGCGUGCUGCACCCCAACUUACUCCCUGGGAACUGCCCCAAUGAGAAUUUAAAGGAAUUCAAAGGGCAGAGAAGAGAAAACCCAGUCUAUGAAUAUGAUCGAAUGGGAUAUAGAAAGAUAGCAAGGAAAAGGAUGGGUUAUCAUAAUAGAAGUUAUGGUUCAGAUUGGGGUAGAGGUAGGGGAAGGAAAGGGCCAUGGAAGGAGAGAAGUAGAGUGUAUUCUGAUAAUGUGGAAGAUGCGGAGGAUUUUGCUCCUGGAUAUCUUAGAGAUUGGUGCAGUGCGAUUGAUGAAGUUGGAAGCAGUGUCUCGAGGGUUGCUGAAGAUGAGCCACCAUUAGAAGGCGAAGUUGUGGGUGAAUUGGGAUCUGAGCUCGACAAUACUGGAUCUAAGGUGUGUUCUUCCAGCACUAGGAAAGAUGUGCUGUUGGAGGGGAAUAUGGAUAUGAACAAAGGGAUGGAUGAUGUGAAGGUCUCAAACUCAGAAAGAAGUGGUGAGAGUGGCGAAUUGGAAAAGAAGACUCUGCUGGAGGAUGAUGUGGUUGUGAAUCCUUGUGCUGCUGAAGAUGGACCAGUAAGCAAAGAUGGCAGUGGUCUGUUAAAAUUCUGUAAUUUUGCUAAAGUACCUACCAGACUCCGGUCAUCACUGGCACAUAGAAAAGCAGUAGCUGAUCAAGGUCCUAGUACUGGGGGGAGUGACAGGGUUGAAGUUGCUUCAGGAGGAGGGUCUCAGGUGGUUGUAGAAGAAACUCCAAUUGAGAGUUCCUCAGAUUCCCGCACAAAACAAAUAGACAGCCCAAAAUGUGAAGAAUCUGGUGUUCCUGUUGUGCAAUCCUUGGAGGAACCUGUAGACCCUGUUCCUUUAAUGCAACACUUGGAGGAAUCAGUAGACCUUCAACAUGAAACCCUUCAAAGCCCUUCAGGUUUCGAAACAUUCACAAUGAUGAUAGAUGUGAAAAAUGAAGAUAGAUUAUCACAACAAUCUAAUGAGAAAGAGGAAUCUGAGAAACAAGUUAAUUCAUCUCCAUCCAGGGUGUCGCAGAAUGAGUUCUCUCAGCUUCAUGAUGUGAGAGCAACAAAACCUAGCCCAUUUACUGAGAUGCCACCUCAGCAUGAAGAAAUGAUUGGGGCAGCUGAUCAAGCAAAACUGGACGUUCCUACUUUGGUCACGAAAGUUGAAGCUGAAUCUGUUGUCAAGAUGGAAGAAGAGAAAAAUAAUGAACCCACUUAUUUUAAAAUCUGUGACAUUAACCUAAUGGAAUCUCCUGAGAUAACUGAGAUCCCUGAUGAUCCUGUUUUAGACCAAAGUCAUACAGCUGCACCUGCUCUGCAAACUGAGAAGCAGCUUCCUGUAAAUUUUGGCCUGUCAAAAGGUAUCAAUGCAAAUGAUGCAGACGACUACAAAUGGCUUUCAGGUGUUGACAAAGUGAUUCCACUGAUUGAUUUAAAAGCUGAUUCCCUGGUUGAAGCCAAUGCCUGUGAUUCUUCAAAACCUAAUAAUGAGAUGAUAUAUCCAAGCCUGGAAAAUUUUUUGAGCCACCAGACCCAUACAGAUGUUCUUCCUGCCAUUCAGGAUGGCUAUGGUCUUGGGAUCCCUGCGUACCUUGGAGCUGAUAUAUCGCAGGCAGACCUUAGCAAUCUUCAGGCUGGAAUCGUUCUUAAUGGUGCAGAGGGGUUUCCUGGAGUUGAUGAUUCAAUAUAUGGAUCUCUUGGAGAUAUAGGCUUUAUGGAAGUCUGGGACCAGCCGCCUCAGGAUUAUGAGCCAUCUCUGGAUUAUGAGAUGUUCUUUUGAGCCAUUUCCUGAGAUGCAGCAUUAGAUUUCUAUGCAGCUGGAAGGGGAGUUGAUGGCUAGCUGUUCCUGAUCUUAGCGUAGGAGUUUAAAACAAGAGCAGGAGCUGAUUCUUGAAUUUUAAUCUAGGAGUUGGUCCUUGCUCUUCCACUAGACCACUUUGGAUCCUGAUUUCUGUUUAUUUUGCUGCAACCAUUGUUUAGAAAAAAGAGCUUCAUUCCAUCAUGUCUGUACACUGAAUAUAUCCUGGCUUGGCUGUUUGAGUGGCAAGAGAAGUAGAGUUAAUCAGCAAUGUUUCCUCUGUGACUGAUGAUUCUGACAUUGUUUAUGUACUCUACUUCAAUAUGCUUGACGCUCUGCAAAAUGUUAUGAACUACAUCUAACAAGUAGAUGACAUAAUGCUGUCAUUGGAAUAAAUUGGCUUGGUGUGUCGGGGAUUUCCCUGUAACUUGGUUUUGAGAA